GAGAGGUUUCACGCCGGCGAUUGGCAGCUGAGCAGCACGCUGCCCGCUAUGGCCGGCUGGUUUAGGAGGCUCCUGCACAAGCCCAAGUCCAGCUCGGUGGAGAGCAGCCUCAACAGCGGCUGCUCUGCUUCAUCCUCCCCCUCCUCAUCCUCAUCGGAGAGCACCAGCCCCUCUCCCAGCAUGAGCCUGGUCAGAUCCAUCCGCCCGUCGCCCGUCGUGACAUCGGACAUCACCUCCUCGGACAGCGCCCGCUGGGCCAAGAGCUACGACGUCUGCAUCUGCCACAGCGAGGUGGACCUGGCGCUGGUGGAGGAGCUGGUGUCCUACCUGGAAGGUCAACCCGAAAGCUUCCGCUGCUUCCUGCAGUGGCGGGACGCCACGCCGGGGAGCGCGGUGGUGACGGAGCUGUGCGACGCGGUGCAGAACAGUCACUGCUGGGUGAUGCUCAUCACCCCCGGCUUCCUCCGCGACCCCUGGUGCAAGUACCAGAUGCACCAGGCGCUGGCCGAAGCCCCCCUGGCCAACGGGCGAACCAUCCCGGUGCUGAAGGACGUGGAGAGGAAGGAUUAUCCCAAGGAGCUGAGAAACCUCUACUACAUCUCCAUGGUGCUGAAGGAGACGAGCUUCAGGCAGAUCAGGGACACCGUUGUGCGCUACCUCCAGGAGCUGUGCCGGAGCUCCACGAGCAGGACGCAAUAG